AUGGUCUGUGAUAGCGUGGUUUACCAUCCCAGCAUUACAAAGUUAAUUCACUUUUUGGAUACUACGGCUGGAAGAGAGAAGGCUCUGCGUUUGUUGCAGUAUUUGUGCAGGUUUUUAGGGUUUCAGUACAAGUCUAUUCUUGCCCGCCAGCUGCAGGCACAGUUUACCACUACUAGGAAGUUGUUGAGGUUUUUGAAGCCAUUGAAUCAUAUCCAGCUGGCUGCUAAGUUUUACGACAAUAAGAUAGGGCCGGAUGAGAUAUUGCGCUGGGCGAAUGUGGUGAGGAACUUGUUCAGUGCUGCCUAUUUGGCUUUGGAUCAGGUUAAUUUGUUGCGUAUUAUCAAGGUGAUUCCCGUAACGCCGCUGACUGGCAAAAGUGUGCCUCGCUGGACUAACUGGAUGUGGCUAGGCGGACUGGUGGCCGGGAUUAUUGGCGGCCUGCGUAACAUUGAGAUGGCCCAGAAGCGGAUUGUGUCUAUAGCCGAAGCUGGCUCUGAAGAGAAAGAUCAAGCCCUAUUGGAAGCCUCUUACCAGGAGAGAUUCAAGGCGGCAAGAAAGCUCGUGUGGGACUUCUUGGAUAUGUACAUCGUUCUGAAUAACCUGGGCUAUUUGGACUCUCAGGACGGCUCUAUAGGUCUUGCUGGUGUGGCAACCUCCUUGUUCGGUCUCCAAGAUUUGUGGAAGGCCACCAAGUAA